UUUCGCUGUCGGUAUCGCAGUUGGCCUGGCACUCACUUGAGCAAACGUCGUUGUUUUCUCAGUAAUCUUAUCAAAAUACGAUAAAAAUUUCUUGUUGCUAGCUCACCGCUCGGUUAGCCGGCUCAACCAUAACAAAAUCGGUGUCAACCUUUUCGAGUUGUGGAUUCAGAAAAAAUGGGUUUAUUCAAGUUGGGUUUUGUAGGCUUGAUCCUGGGAGGUCUGGCUUACUUAUACAUCCAAAGCAACAAAGUGGUGCCGGUGCCCAAGUUAGGAGAUGUUUGGUGGGGUAAGGGUGACCCUAGCAAGGAAGACAAGGGCAUCAAACCUUUUAAGAUAGACGUAUCCGAAUCGGUCAUCAACGAUCUCCGCUAUCGUCUCGAGCAUGCUCCACCGUUCGAACCUCCGUUGGAGGGGGUAGGGCAAAACUAUGGAAUAAAUACGAAACUUUUGGAGAAAAUCGUGGCUCACUGGAAAACAAAGUACGACUGGAGCGAGCGACAGAAAUUUCUAAACCAGUUCCCCCAGUACACCACUAGUAUUCAAGGAUUGAAAAUCCACUACAUCCACGUGAAGCCUAAGGCCGUCCAAGGAGCGCGGGUGGUACCACUGCUUCUGCUGCAUGGCUGGCCAGGGUCGGUCAGAGAGUUCUACGAAAUCAUUCCCCUGUUAACGACACCCCAAAAGGGUAGGAAGGUGGUGUUCGAAAUCAUCGCACCAUCUCUGCCCGGUUACGGGUUCUCCGAGGGCACAUCUAAGCCGGGAUUGGGCACCCCCGAAAUGGCGGUGAUUUUUAAGAACCUCAUGAAGCGUCUCGGGUUCCAGAAGUAUUAUAUACAAGGAGGCGAUUGGGGAGCCCUCAUAGUGCAACACAUGGCGAUCCAGUUCCCCGACCAAGUCCUCGCAGUGCAUUCAAAUAUGUGCAGUAACAACAAGAUGGUGUCAAAUUUCAAGAUUUGGGUUUUGGGGUCGCUUUUUCCAUCCUUUUUAACCACCGAGCAGGAGCGCGAGUUGUUCUAUCCUCCGUCUCAGAAGAUAUUCACGAACGUCAUUCUGCUGGAGAUGGGUUACUUCCACAUCCAGGCCACCAAACCGGAUACAGUAGGUGUGGGAUUAAGGGACAGUCCAGUCGGUCUGGCGGCGUAUAUCAUAGAGAAAUUCAUUACUUGGACGGAUUCGACUUGGAAGAACUUGGAGGACGGCGGGCUGACGAAGAAGUUCACCUACGAUCAGUUACUGGACAACGUCAUGAUCUACUGGGUGAGCAGAUCUGCCACGACGUCGAUGAGAUUGUACGCGCAGUUUUUCAGCAAGUCCACAUUGGAAUUCGAUGAGGCACCGGUCACAAUUCCAGCCGCGUGCGCUCGUUUUAGAAAUGAAAUCGUUUUGACUCCCGAAUCCGUCUUAAGGGACAAGUACCUCAAUUUGACCCAAGUCACGCUUCACCCCGACGGCGGUCAUUUUGCUGCGUUCGAGGUACCCGCGUUGCUCGCCAAAGAUGUUUACGACUUCGUCGAGACGUUGAUUUAAUUGGUUUUUGUUAUUUUUUUACGAAAUAAAAAACCGUUUCUGGUA